AUGGCCGAGUCUGCUGUUAAAACUGUGGUUGGGAGUGUGGGUAAUCUCGCUGUUCAGGAGACCAAAUUUUUAUGUAGAGUAACCCUUGAAGUGUGCUCCUUGAAAGAUGAGCUGAUGAGGUUGCAGGCCUACCUCAAAGAUGCUGAUAGCAAAUGGAGAUCAGGGAAUGCAAGAGUAGCUGUCCUGGUGAGCCAGAUUAGAACUGCAGCUUACCAAGCUCAAAAUGUCAUUGAAGCUGCAGAUUACAUGGAGAAGAGAAACAGGCUCAAGAAGGGAUUCAUGGGUGCUAUUUCAAGGUACGCUCGCCUACCGAGUGAUUUGGCCACCCUUCGUAAAAUUGGUGUAGAAACUCGACGUGUAAGAAGGAAGAUCAGCGAGAUUUUCUCAAGUGCGGAACAUUUGAAAAUUGAUUUGGAUAAUACUGCUGAAGUGAAUGGUCAAGUUGAGGAUGAAUUUCCACAAGAUUUUGUACUUAUGCACCAAAACUAUGAAGAUGGUGUUGUCAUGGUUGGUUUUCAGGAUGAGUACAAAGAAAUAACAGAUAAAUUAGUUUAUGAAGGACAGAUGCUUAGUGUUGUAUCCAUAGUUGCCAUGAGUGGGGCGGGAAAAACAACACUUGCUAGAAAAGUUUACACUUCACCUAGAGUCAAACAGCACUUUGACACAGUUGCUUGGGUGACUGUGUCUCAAAAGUUCAAGAGUGUUAGUUUACUAAAAGAUAUUAUGAAACAAAUCACAGGGGAAGAAGACGAGCCAGUUGACCAAAUGCAAGAGUAUGAGGUGGGAAAGACGAUCAGUGAGUUUCUGUCACGAAAAAGAUAUUUGCUAGUUCUCGAUGAUGUGUGGGAAACAGACACAUGGGACAAACUAAAUAGAACAAUUAAAGCCUUUCCAAAUUCAAAUAAUGGUAGUAGGAUAUUAUUAACCACACGCAAACAAAAAGUUGCAAAUCACAUUGAAAUGCCAACUCACGUUCAUGAUCUCAAGGAGUUAGAUGAAGAGAAAAGUUGGGAACUUUUUAGUACUAAAGCUUUGCCAUCAUACAGAAGGUCCGCCAUAGGAGAUGUGGGUGAGUUUGAGGAAUUAGGGAGAAUGCUUGCAAAAAAGUGCGAUGGAUUACCACUCGCACUUGCAUUUUUGGGAGGUUAUUUAUCCAAGAAUUUUAAUAUACAAGCAUGGUCCAAUAUUUUGUUGUUUUGGCCGUCAACCAACAGCACAAAAAUGAUGGGAGACAUACUGGCUCGCAGUUACAAGGACAUGACAGAUCAUUGUUUAAGAUCUUGCUUCCUCUAUCUUGCAACAUUCCCCGAGGAUUAUACAAUAGAUGUUUCUAUGCUUAUUGAACUAUGGAUAGCAGAGGGCUUCAUUUCACAUGCACCAAAACAUGAACAGGAAGAAACAGCACGCAGAUAUGUUGCAGACCUAGCUCAAAGAAGCUUGGUGCAAGUUACUAGGAGAAGCAUGGCACAUGGAUGGAUUGAGGAAAUAAGGGUCCAUGACAUUUUACGUGAUUGGUGCAUAAAAGAGGCAAGACAUGGUGGUUUUCUUAAUGUCAUUGACAAAACAUCAGGCCAAAUUGGCUCACCAUCAACCUAUAUCAUGGUAUCAUAUCGUUUUUCUUAUCAAGACUUCAAUGGCAAGAAUUUGCGGGCAGCACGCAAUAUCCGAGCUUUGUUUGGCUUUCAACUUCAAUCAACAUCCCUCCAUAAGCUCAGAUAUCUUCGAGUUCUUCACAUUGAAGACACAUGCCUAGAGGAUUUCUCUAAGGCAAUUGGUGAGUGCAUUCACCUAAGAUGCCUCAGGUUGAUAAGAUGUCAAGAUGUGACUUUCCCUUCAUCAAUUGGAAAACUACUUUACUUGCAAACUAUUGAUACGAGGGGCACAUAUAUUGCACUAGUACCAAGCUCUAUGUGGAAUAUCCCUUCUCUGAGGCAUGUUUACCUUGGUGAUCAUCAUUUUGUACCAAGGGGUGUGCAACAGAAAGAGUUGCAAACCUUUUGGUUAGUACUUCCACAUACUAACGGUAAAUAUUGCAACCCGGAUAUGGUGAGGUUUUUGGGCCAAAUGACUCAACUAACAACCUUGUGGUUGAGUACGUGUCCACACAUCCCUGCGGAAAUGAUGAAUAUAUUUGUAAACAUGCCUCGCUUGGUUGAUAUUACCCUGAACAGAUUGAGUGUGCUUGAUAAAUUGCCUGAAAGCCAUCACUUCCCACAAAGCCUACGAAGUUUCGAUCUAUCUGCUGAUGACAUUAAACAAGAUCCAAUGCCGAUGUUGGAGAAGCUCCCAUGUCUUGUGGUAUUGAAGCUGCUUGGAUACGGAGGUCGAACCAUGUCAUGCUCUACCAGGGGUUUUCCUCGUAUGAAGAACUUACAACUUCGUAGAUUUCAUGUCACUGAGGAGUGGAAGAUUGAGGCCGGAGCCAUGCCAAAGCUCUCCUGCCUAAUACUCACCUCUUUCACUAACAUGAGCAAGCUCCCCGAGGGGUUACUGCAUGUUCCAUCCAUCGAUCAUCUGGAGCUAAACAGUGUGCCCUUGAUUUCUGUUGGAGAUGACAACACGUUGAAGGAGCUGCAACAGAAAGGAUGCGAGGUGAUUAUUACUAGAAGAUAA